AUGGGGAGCGCGGGGGAGGAGGAGGAGGAGAGGGAGGCGCGAAGCGAGGCGGCGUUCACGGACUCCGUCGACGGGAGCAGCUCCAGCUCCGACGCCGCGUCCACCGACGAGUGGCUGCCCGUGCCGGCCCCGGCGAGGAAGCCGCCGGGCUGCUGCGCCCCCGACUCCGAGGUGGCCAAGCAGCAGCACAAGCACAAGCGCAGAGCGCCGUCAGAGAUGGAGCUGAUGAAGGAGCGGUUCGCCAAGCUGCUGCUCGGCGAGGACAUGUCCGGGAGCGGCAAGGGCGUCUGCACGGCGCUCGCCAUCUCCAACGCCAUCACCAACCUCUGCGCCACCAUCUUCGGGCAGCUCUGGAGGCUGGAGCCGCUCCCGCCGGAGAAGAAGGCAAUGUGGCGGCGGGAGAUGGACUGGCUGCUCUGCGUCAGCGACCACAUCGUCGAGCUGGUCCCCACGUGGCAGUCAUUCCCCGACGGAACCAGGCUCGAGAUCAUGACAAGUAGACCACGGUCAGAUUUAUACAUCAAUCUGCCAGCCCUUCGGAAGCUCGAUCAUAUGCUGCUUGAAAUCCUGGAAAGCUUCAGAGAUCCAGAGUUCUGGUAUGUUGAGCAAGGUAUUGCUGCACCGGAUUGCGAUGGCUCCGCCUCCUUCAGGGCGGCCUUUCACCGCCGUGAUGAGAAAUGGUGGCUACCGGUGCCUCGUGUCCCUCCUGGAGGCCUUCACGACAAAACAAGGAAGCAGCUGCAGCACAAACGUGAUUGUGCAAAUCAAAUCUUGAAGGCUGCCAUGGCCAUCAACAGCAAUUCUUUAGCUGAGAUGGAGGUCCCUGAAUCAUACCUCGACUCCCUACCGAAGAAUGGAAGGGCAACCUUGGGUGACAUCAUAUACCGCUACAUAACGUCUGAUCAGUUCUCCCCUGAGUGCCUUCUUGACUGCCUAGACCUAUCCACGGAGUACCAGGCCCUGGAAAUCGCAAACCGUGUCGAGGCGUCAGUCUAUGUGUGGCGCCGGAAGGUUGCUGCAAAACCAGUAAACGGCUUGGGCCGUAGCAGCAGUGCUAGAUCAUCUUGGGGCAUGGUGAAGGAUAUGAUGGUAGACACAGAGAAGAGGGAGCUGCUCGCUGAACGAGCAGAGGGCCUGCUAAUAUGCUUGAAGCAAAGGUUUCCUGGAUUGACACAGACAAGCUUGGACAUGAGCAAGAUUCAGUACAACAAGGAUGUGGGCAAAUCAAUCCUGGAGAGUUAUUCAAGGGUGCUAGAAAGUUUGGCUUCAAACAUCGUCACCCGCAUCGACGAUCUGCUGAACAUCGAUGAGCUGAACAGACACGCCGAACAGUUCUCAGCAACAGGUGAUGCAGACUGCAAGAUUGCUUGCAGCCAAGCUGCAGUUACAUCCUUCCCAGUGCCUGCCUCAGGCACACCAUUCAUGACGGCAUAUGCCACGCCUAGCUUCUCGCCGGCGCAACUGGCGAGCCCGUCAAAGAAAGAGAGGACGUCCCUGACUCCAGGCAGACGGUCUCAGCAUAGCAGGAGUACCGGUGCAAAGAAGGCCUUGACGGAUCAUGUCAGUACAGAAGUGAAGGGGAUGAUAAUUAGCAGCGGUAUGAUGAUUGAUGUCUCAACGACUACGGAGCUGUAAAAUCUAGGCAGAUAGCUCAUGAGAUUGCCAAGAGUAGUAGUAUGUGUGUAUAAGUGCAAUGUGUGUGUGUGUGUGUGUGUGUGUGUCUGAGUUUUUACUGGCAUACUGCAUUUCUGAUCUGUUGAUGAUAAGGUGUGUGCACUGCUGUUUGCUGACAGCCUGAUCUACUCUACUGAUAGCAUAGACGGGUGCUGUUACAUACUCUGUAUGAGGAGCUUCAAUCUGAUUUAAAUUUGUUGAGUUUGUACUGUUGAAAUUAAGAAAGAUGUCAUUGGGGACAGUUGAUGUGAAAACAAA